AUGUCUAAUCAAGCAAGAAUUGACUAUCGGAUUCGAUUAGGUGCAACAAUUGAUUGUGCUCGAUUUUUAUUACAACAAGGUCUUCCAUUUCGUGGGCAUGAUGAAACUGAAGAUUCAAAAAAUCAAGACAAAGGGUGUGUGAUUGAGCGAUUUGUCGGUAUUGUACAUAUUACCGAUACAAGUUCUUUAUCACUUAAAGAAGUUAUUGAUGGAUUCUUUUCUCUACAUGGAUUAAGCAUGACAAGUUUGCAUGGACAAGCUUUGGUAGCUAUUGCAAAAAAUCAUGUAGAGAUCGCUGGUCUUUUUCUUUUAGUUGUAAAUGUGGUAAAUGUUAUUGGUGUAUCAGCAAAACGUCAAGACAUGUUAAGAGAGAAACAUAGUGCCAACACUUUUGAAGCUCUAAAUAAUGUUAUUGACAUGCAACUUCAAGAGUUAAAUAAUCAUUUCACUGAGAAAAGCACCGAGUUGCUUCUUUGUGUGGCAUGUCUCAAUCCAAGCAACUCAUUUACUACUUUUGACAAACAAAAGCUCAUUUGCAUUGCACAAUUUUAUCCUAGAGAUUUUUCAACUAUGGAGCUUCUUAUUUUUGAAGAUCAGCUCCAAAAUUACAUCAUUGAUGUGUGUUCAGAUAAUAUGUUUGUUGGGUUAACAAGUAUUGGUGAUUUUUCUCAAAAAAUGGUGAUAACAGCUAAAGAUAAAGUUUACCCAUUAGUCUAUCGGUUGCUUACCUUAGCAUUGAUCUUACCAGUUACAACGGCUACCGUGAAGAGGAUAUUUUCUGCUAUGAGCAUUAUAAAGACUCAGUUUCGUACUCGAAUGAAAGACCAAUGGAUGAAUGAUUGUCUUGUAGCAUAUAUUGAGAGAGAUUUAUUUGAUAAGAUAGAUAAUGAAGCUAUUAUGUAUCGAUUUCAAAAUAUGAAAUCUCGUAGGGGACAAUUGUGA